AUGGCUCCCUCCGCAAUUGAGACUCAAACCCCUGUGGUGCCCAUCGUCACCAAGGGCGCCGCCCCCACCACCGAGAGACCGGCUCCCCUCAAGCUGACCGGCCUGCUUGAUCAGUUCGAGUCCUUCGAGGUCACUCCUGUCAUUGGCAAGGAGUUCCCCAAGGCCAACCUGGUCGAGUGGCUCAACGCCCCCAACUCAGACGACCUCCUCCGCGAGCUUGCCAUCACCAUCUCGCAGCGUGGCGUUGUCUUCUUCCGCGCCCAAGACGAGCUCACCAACGAGCUCCAGAAGAAGCUCAUCCUUCGCCUCGGCGAGCUCACCGGCCGCCCCGCCACCUCCGGUCUUCACAUCCACCCUCUGCUCAACUCUGAGCGUGAGCUCGGCGGCGACGACCCGGAGAUCAGCACCAUCUCCUCCAUCCAAAACAAGAAGUUCUACGCCCGCGGCGCCAUCGCCGACGAGCUCUCCCCCAAGAAGCAAUCCACAGGCCAAUGGCACUCCGACAUUGCCUUUGAGCCAGUCCCCGCGGACUACACCUCCCUCCGCCUCGUCGAGCUCCCCACCACCGGCGGCGACACCCUCUGGGCCUCGGGCUACGAGCUCUACGACCGCCUCUCGGAGCCCUACCAAAAGUUCCUCGAGUCCCUGACCGUCACCUUCCAACAGCCCGGCUUCAACAAGGUCGCCGAGGCAGCCGGCUUCAAGCUCUACGACAAGCCCCGCGGCGCGCCCGAGAACAUUGGCACCGAGCUCAAGGCUGUCCACCCCGUCAUCAGGACCAAUCCUGUGACCGGAUGGAAGUCCCUCUUCCCCGUCGGCGGGCACGUCAAGCACAUUAACGGAGUUACCGAGGAGGAGUCCAAGGCGCUGUUGACGUGGUUUUUGGACUUGGUGUACAAGAACCAUGACUUGACUGUGAGGCUGCAGUGGAAGAACAAGAAUGAUAUUGCGAUUUGGGACAACAGGAGCACGUUCCAUACUGCUACUUUUGAUUACCUUGGUGGGGAGUAUGGGGAGCGGUUUGGCAACAGGGCUGUGGGCUUGGGGGAGAAGCCGUAUUUGGAUCCUAAUAGUACUGGGAGGAGGGAGGCGUUGGCCAGGGAGAAGGGGCAGCAGUAG